AUGGCCGCUCGAGACGAGUGUUACAGCCCGCUAAGCUACAGCCCCCUCAGCAGCCCCGUAUCCAGACACUACUUUAACGACGAUGGAAACGAAGCUACAGCCGGCGGGCACCACCGGAAAGACUCGGGGCAAUUAUUAGACGAGGCGUGGGAGACACUGGCGGACGAAACUCCGCUCUCCGUUCCCCCGCAGCACGAAAUUGUCCCCCGAUCGCGCAGCAGCACGUCCCCGCUGCACGCGCGCCCGGGGGGAACCUCGUCCAAGAUCAGCGAAUCCGACUUGCGAAACUUCGCGAAUUUCGUUAAGACCAAGACGGUUACGGAGUCCGCGGGCGGGGGAAGCGGCCGCUCGUCGAGCGGGGGGGGCAGCGGCGGGGGUGGAAAGGACGGGGGCGGGAAGUUUCAGCGCCUCUGGUCGUUUCGGAACGGCGCGAAAGGAGGGGAAGAAGGGGGAGAUGGCGGAGGCGGAGGGGCAGGGGGGACCGCGGGGACCGGCUCCGGGGGAAGCGGCACGGCGGGGAGCGCGGAAGGCAGGAGCGGGGGAAGCGGGAAGAAGGAGAGGUUUCUCGAGCAGGUGAUUAAAACCGGCGGGCAAGCAGCCCGAGUGUGGUCCAAUCCGCGCCGCCGAAGUUUCGCGGAAGACGACGCGCCUUCGCCGAUGCGGUCCCCGAUUUGCGCGCCUUCGCGCGCAGCAGCUGCAGCGCCAGCUCCGCCGCCAAAGGUGGCAUAUUUUUCGUUCGACCGGCACCGGGAAGCAGUGGCGGAAGCGGAGCAGCUGGACGCGGAAGAAGAGGCGGCGUCCCGCCAGGGGCGGAGGAGGGAAGCCUUUAAAAGCGCGAGCGUUGGUUCGAGUUGCGGCUUUAGCGCGGGCGGAGGCGCAGGUGACGGGGGGAUCGCGAACGGGGCUGGCGGUGGUGCGGGAUGGCCUGGGGAAAGUGGGGGAAACGGGGAGGGAAGCGCGCAGGUUUUGCGCCGAGGAGCGAAGGGGGGGAGUUUCGAAAGUAUGGCGCAGGCGGGGCCGAUUGGAGGUGUGGGCGAGUUCGGUAGCGGGCGGCGGAGCGGGAUUGCGCGGGGAGCAAAGGGGGAAGGCAGCGCGCGCGCGUGGGAAGUGACGAUUACGCAGGACGGUGACUAUGGCGAGGGGAAGGAGGACGAGCGCGAGUUGACUCCCACGAGAGACGCUUCGUCAAAGCAUCGGCGAGGAUUCAGGAGUCGUAGCUUCAGUGGAAUCGGCACUCUCAAUGGAACCAACUCCCCCGAAGCCCCCACCCUCCCCCCCUUCCCCUCCUCCCCCUCCCCCAACCCCGGAAGCCCUCUCUCUUCCGAACGACGCACAUACUCCCCCCACGCCACCCUUCCCACCUCCUCCUCCUCUUCCUCCUCCUCCUCGCGUGUCCGCCCUCCCCGGUCCUCCACAGCAGUAAUCCUCCCACCUCUUGCUGGGCAUCAUUCCCAUCACAGGCCUGCAUUCCCCCAUCGCAGGACAGUGUCUGUUGAUGAGCAUGGGCUCGUGGGCCGGGCUUUAAUGCAGGCUUCAAUAGAGGAACACCACCAGCAUGGGAAGCCGCCACAGCAGUAUCAGCAGCACCAGCAGCAAUACCAGCAGCAGCAGGGUUCUCAAGGGUAUGGUGGUGGUGGUGGUAGAGGGGAUUACGAUGUCGAAGCUGACGACGAGUCUCCCGGACGUAGCCCGUACAACAGCCGGCCGCAGGCUCGGCGCAACCGAACCGAGGUGACGCGGCGCCGACCCUCCACCGCCAUGCCGGACGUCGGGGGAGGGGGAGGUUCGGAAGACGGGUUGUACCGGAGGUCGAGGAGCGUCGGGCACGGGUACGAGCUGUAUUUACCCCCGGUUUCUGGGGGUAUUGGUGUGGGUGCGGGAGGUAGUGGGCCCCCAGUGGGUGAUACCUGGCCGGCAGGUGGUGGGAGGGAGAUCAUGAGGGAGGGGGUGAGGAGGACUAGGAAGCCGUCUCAUCUGAGGAGACCUAGUCUUGAAGGGGAAGGGUGUUAUGAAGGGGCAGGGGCAGGGGCAGCAGAGGCCAAGAGGCCAGAGGGGGUCGGAUACGAGAAACAGGGUGGAUGA